UACUCUUCUGGUCGCUGUUCUUCCUUCCUCCUGCUGUCUUCCUUCUUCCUUCCCUCGUUCCUUCCUUCCUCCUCCCCAUACUUCGUCUUGCCACCUUGUCGGCGUGAUCUGCUGCCCACAGCUGCCCCACUCCAGUCAGCACACCUUUGACAGGGCGCUCCCCACACUCGUUCAUACCCAACCCCCCUCAACGCGCACAGACCUUCUCACAGCUUCUAUUGUUCCAUCUCCAUACCUAUUUUGCACCAUCACCCGCCAUUCUAUUCUUGUACACGUCAACCACACUCAUUUCCCCUACAUCCACCCUCUCUCUUUCUCGCUUCCUUCCUGCCUUCCUACCUUUCCACCCACUUCGCCAUAUCACUCAACCUGAUACAACCCGGCACACGGCCCUCACAUCAUGCACGAAUCGCCCCUUGCCCGCAUACUCCGCCGCUCACGUCUUCGAGCACUCGCAUCUGCUGCUGGCCGCGCCCUUCACCUGGACGGAAGAGCCCAUGCCGCUACUGAAGUGACGUCUGGGAGCGAUGCCGUCGUGGACAAGCGUUUCUAUGCCAGCUUAAACGAGUACAGUCCCCAACAGCUGAGUAGUAUAGAGGCAGCCGAGAGUCUGAGCGCUGCUGCUGCUGCUGCUGCUUCCAAGUCGGUAGCAACACACGCCGCAUCAACAACGAGACAAGCUGCCCAGGCCGCUACGUUGAGCACCUCACAGUCCCGCGCUACGAGCACCGUUGCGAAAGCCACCAGUUCGACACACACAACUAGCUCGACUUCUUCGAGGGCAACCCCUUCCACUACCAGCUCAGCUAAAAGCUCAGCGGCGUCGAGCAUACGUGAGAGUGUCGCUUCAAGCUCUUCCAAAUCUUCCUCUUCAGCUAUCAAAUCCAGCUCUACUUCCACAGCCUCGAGAUCAACGGUCCACUCGACCAGCACCCACAGCUCUUCGACUUCUACCACUCAUUCGACAUCCAUCGUUCACACAUCGUCGACGAAUCGCGAGCUCAGUUCCACAGCUAAGCCGUCCACCACCUCCCAUUCUAGCUCUGCUAUAAUAUCAUCAUCUAGCAUAUCUUCCACGGCGGCGGCCCUUUCAAAUUCCACAAAUUCAUCUUCCAGCUUAUCCACCGGCGCGGUCGUCGGCAUUGUCUUUGCUGUUGUUAUCGGUAUCGUUGCUGUCGGUUCAUUCGGCGGCUGGCUUUACCGCAAAUACAUCACACGAUCUUAUAAUAAGGCAAACGCGCCUUGGUCAAAAAUCGAUGACGAUAUCACUCCUUUUGAUAAUGAGAAAUCUCACGACGAUAUCUACGGUGGUCCUUUGGCCCCUGUGAUUGCUUCUAGUCGUGAUCUCGCCCGUGCGCGCAGCACGAUGUCGCCCAGAGACUAUACCAUGUUCGACAGCGCGAGUAAUCACGCUGGAGUCGGGGCUGGUCGCACCAUGGGAUUUGCCACAGAAUAUCCCACAGGACUUUCACCGCCUCCAGAGGCUGUUACCUACGGUGUUGACCUCCAUGGACGACCCUAUACUCCUCAGGCAGGCAGGACGCCCAUGCUUCACACCUAUGAGUCCGAUUACGGACACCCAGCUGAAAGUUAUUCACCUUACUCUUACCAAUCCUACUCCGCCAGUCCCACGGACAACAUGCGUCAACUUGUCGGGCCCCAUGCCCACCAUUCUCAGGAGCAACAGUACCAUACAGAUUACGUGGAAAUGCCGAUGCCGUCGCCUAUGCCUCUAGGUGGAUUAAUGCAUGCGAGCGAUGAGGAUCUGAAAGAUCUGGAUAAGUUUGCGGACGAUCCACGGAUGGCAGGCUUGGCGUACACUUAUGAAGACGGUCCUGCUGCUGGCAGUGCUAGCAUUCAGGCAAGCGAACAACCUCCGACAGUCAUGGUAUCAAGCGCCCCUGGCAAGUAUGAUCCUCCCGCCCAAGUCACCCGUGCCGAUGACCAUAUGGCUCCCAAUCUUGCCGCCCCUGACUUCUCGGCACCAGCCCACUCUCCUCUCUCGCCGCUUGAUCCUACGGCCAACAGCUCUUCUUCAUCGUCCAAUGCGCUUUUACCCCUUCCUUUGCCCCAGUUUGAGCCCCUCUCGCCUUUGACAACUUCGUUCGACUUGAGUAGGCGUACAGCUGAGGGUCAGCCCCUAGCCAUGUACGAGGAUGAACACCGAGAUACAAGCGAACCGGAGAAUGUGCAAAAGAGGCUGUAUGGUGAAGUUGCGCGAACUGCGGGGAUCGAUGAGCCCAAGACACCUUUUGUCGAGAUGAUGUCUCCAUCUACUUCGACGUCCUCUGAACCCAUGCCCCUGCCUUCCACCAACGUGCUCAACGAAUCGACUAAUUCCACUUCUUCUUCGUUUUCCGCUCCGGGCCCUGCUAUGCCACGUCUCCCCGACCUGUCACUCAACCCUCCUCGGCCGUACCAACACGGUCAGCCCCUUUCUCCUCUAGCUGAAGUACCCACGCCCAUGUCAUCCUCUACUGGCGGCGAAGGGGGCAUGUCAAAUCCAUUUGACAACCCGUCAUUGACCGUACCCACCUCUGCGAUGAGCCGUGCGCCUGCGCCGCCCUACUCUCCAUAUGAGCCUUAUGGCUCUUACGAUCCAAUGGGGAGCCCUGCUCCCAGUUCCGCAGGUGUUACACGAGGCACAAGUGGACAUGGUCAUCUCACUGGAGGUCUGGUAAGCCCUGCGUUCCCGCCCCCUAGCCCUGGAGGCAAUGUUCCGGGUAGUGUGACGGAUUCACCAAGGAGGUGGAGUAGGGACGAUGUCUAUGGUGGAAUCUGAGCCUCCCAGAUGUUUGGCCCGUUUCCAUUGACCUGCCGAAGAAGACGGAAGAUGUGAAGGGGCGCAGUGAGGUAUAAAUAGUUAAUGCCCCAUAUACCCAAUUACGAUAAUACGCAUCCAGGGAGUGCUUUGAAAGAGAUUUCUUGACGGAUUCGAAUGACGCUGGGCGUCCAUGACUAUUUCAUUUUUCAGUCCCUUACAGUCGACCCUGUAGACGAGUUUAUCAUUUUCUCUUUGUUUUCCCGUGAUUCCCCGCACUAUUAUGACCGGACAAUCGACGUUGAAAUGCACUGCAUACGAACUGUUCAUCUG